AUGUUCAGAGGAAUCAAAAAAGAGUUUGUGUCUUCUUAUGGCCUACUUAUAAAAUGUGAUUAUUGUAACUGGGCAGUGCCAAAAGCCGCAGUUAUCGAUGAGCAAAUAAGUCUAUGCGAGUUUUGCGCAGAAAAAGCAGACUCGUCUGAAAGUCGAAAGUUCAAAUUUGGAAACUGCUCGGAAUCCGUUUUCAAAUGCCCGGCAUCGCUUUCUGGAGAACAUUGUGGAGCAAAUGAUCUGACUUUCAGGGAGUUUAUUCUUGGCGCCUGCUGCGAGGCGGCAGCUAAUGGAGUUCAAGAUGUUGGGAUAUGCGACAGAAUCAAAUUGACAGAAAAGUAUCUUCAAAUGGCCAAAAAGACUGUACAGAAGGUGAAAGAACUGAGUAUCGAGGCAGAUCAAGUGGCGGAGAAAGCGAUCAAAGAUUUCGAGGGCGUCAAAAAUACGUUCAGCGAAAUAAUGACUGAUACACAAGACUAUAUCGAUGCCAAUUCAGCCCUUGAAGAAGAAAUUUGCCAGGUAGAAGCCCUUUUACUAACGAGCAUCAACUUUGAUAAGGGUCCGAUGAGAACAGCGAGCGACAGUAUCAAGUCAAUUAUUGGCAUGGAAAUGAACGUUGCUGAAAUCGUAAAAACUUCCGCAGAAGGAGCUCGAAAACGACUCGAGUUUGCUCUGAAAGAUCUUGAAAGAAUCGAGAAAAGAAAAGCCCUUCUUCUUUCAGAAGCAAGUCUGAAGACUUAUAAAAUUGAUCCAGCAGAGCAUCAAAAAGACAAUUAUGAAAAUGCUUCGAAAAUUCGCGUCACAAGAGUGCGGAAACUCCGAUGA